CGAGGAGAUCGCAAAAAGUCAUGCAUUUGCCGAUCAAAUGUUACGCGAAGGUCAACCUUAACUCCCCCUUUCGUCCAAGUUCGUCUGAGAGGGGUAUAAAACGUUGUGACCGUCGGACUACUCCGUACUGUUAGUUUUUUCUCUCUAUCGAAAUGUGUGACUCGUGUACGACAGUUCACGAUGUUACGUAAAGCCAUAUCGACGCACUCCGAAAGGUCGGAGAUUCGUUGAUGAGUGCGGAGUAAAAGAGCGAGAGUGUAGGUACGAUAAGCAAAUUUAGCGACCAAGCCUGCAGUGCUGCACUCAAUCUCCAUCCCAUCAGCAAUCCAUCAUGAACGGUCUCGAGAUUUCGCCCUUCAUCAGGGAUCUCCCGAAAGUUGAACUUCAUGUGCACAUUGAAGGCACCCUGACACCCGCCUUGCGCUGGAAGCUUGCGCAUCGAAACAACAUUGAGCUCCCAUACAAGACUUACGAAGAUUUGCUUGACUCGUACAAAGUCACUUACAACCACCGCAAAGAAGUCAAUGGGGAUGAUGGUCGCCCAACAUUCCUUGAGGCCUUUUUCGCCGGCUGCCAGGUUCUCAUCACCGAAGAUGACUUUUAUGAGCUCGGUAUGGCGUACUUUGAGAGAUGCGCGGAGAUGAACGUACGAUACUGCGAGCCAUUCUUCGACACUCAGGCACAUACCGAGCGCGGCAUAUCAGCGAUUACUGUAAUGAAUGGCUACUAUCGCGCACAGCAAGAAGGCGCAAGCAAGUACGGCGUCAAAAGUAAUUGGAUCUUCUGCUUCUUGCGCGACCGACCAUUACAAGAAGGUCUCGAUGCAUACGCAGCUGCACGGCCAUGGGCGAGGCUCGCUGAUGGGACCGGUAAAGGUUUAUAUCAUGCCGUAGGUCUUGCUGCGAAUGAAUUCGAAAAGCCGCCACUAUUGUUCGAGGAGGGAUUCAAGAUGGCCAAAAGAGAUGGACUCCAUGUGACAUUACAUUGCGAUGUUGACCAGAAGGACGCCGCUGCUCACGUGCGCGAAGCAAUCUUCGAUGUCUGCAAUGGAGAGGGCACAGAACGGAUAGACCACGGCCUCAACGUAUUGGACGAUCCUGAAUUGAUACCCGCGCUGAAGGAACGAGGCAUUGGACUGACAUUAUGCCCACACGCAUAUCACCGACGACAGGCGACAGAAACACUAUUCUCUAAGAUCCAGAAGCUUAUCGACGAGGGUGUGAAGUUGUGCAUCAAUAGCGACGACCCAACAUAUAUGCACAAUGUCUGGAUAGACGGCAACAUGCAGAAGAUAUAUACGUAUUGCGGACUGGGCAAGGCGGACAUGGUCAAGCUAGCAAGAAAUGGAGUUGAGAUGUCUUGGGCAGGCGAUGACAUUAAAAAAGAGUUACUGCUAGAGUUGGACCAGGUCGUAGUACAAUGAUGAGCCACAACUAGAAAUGAAGUUGAUUGGAAAGGUGAGGGUGAACGGAUUGUUUCGCCCUCGCGACUCAUACGCGCAAUGAGCGCGAUAUGCACUCGACCGGAGUACGACAUUGAUGAACAUGGAAGGUAUGGAAUCAAUCUCUAAUGCUUUUCCUUGGAAAGCAAUUGUUUCCCUAUGAUAUAGUAUAAAAGUGUAAAUAAUAAGAAUGGCGAUGAUUGGAGUGCGGAGUAAAUUGCAUCUUCCUGGGGCGGGCGUUCGGUUUGUCGGCUAGUUCACUUGGCUGGAUUCGGAAAGGACGAAUUGAUCACGAGCCCCACUUUCCUUCCAUUCACCAUCAGCC